CACUGACUUAAAUAAACUUCCAAGUGCUGUGUGCUCUGUGUUCUUAGCAAAGAUUUCCUCAGUGGAUAUGACACUUCUAUCAAAACGUUCAACGAUGCGCCCUGCUAUUCGUGAACAGGCACUGAAAUGUCUUAACAAAACCAUGGCUAGCCUCACUGCUGAUGACCUUGUCACCCUGGGAAACCUGAUCUGUGAAUUGUCAGCUCAGAAUCUCACAGAUUUGACAAUGGAGGCUUUCAAUGCAUCACUGAUGUCUUUUAAGAACUGCAAACAGCUGAGCUCUACUCAGAAGGCCAUCUUGUCUAAGAGGAUAAUAAGCCUCUAUGGAAAUGUGACAGGUUGGAACUCAGACACAGUGAUGACCCUUGCUAGUUUGAUGACUGUCUUUGAUGAGAGUACCAUUAGCCAGUUACCAGACAAGAAAGAGAUCAUGGAUGCCCUUCAAGGGGUGGUAGAUCAGAUGCCUCCCAUGAGCAUGUCCUCCAUGCCAGACUUUGACAACACAUGGAACUUUUCUGCCAUUUAUAAUAAGAUCAUCAAGUUUAAUACUGUUUCCAAACCGAGAACCACUCGUGCAGUUCCCUGUUCAAUUAUUCCAACAGUCGAAAUGAUCAUGAAUUUAAAAGAAGGGAACUGUUACCUGAUGCCAGAAGUGUUGGCCUGCAUGACUGCAGACACCUUCAGUAUGACUGUAGAUGUACUUGGUGCGGUCAGAAGCUUCAGAGAUGAUCAGCUGGCUGCCCUGAAGGCAAAGGCUCUGGAAGCAUGGGGAUCCCUGAGUAAUAUUACAACAGAUAGACUCUCUUCUUUGGGAUGCAUUGUGUCAGCUUUUACUGAGUCAGAAUUGCAACAAUUACCACUGAGUUCCAUUGAUGUUCUAUCCACACUGUCUUCCUUCACCUGGAUUCCAGCAAAGUAUACAACAGUCUUCAACCGCUUCAUGACCCUCACUGCAUCCAAAAUCAUACUUCUCAGUAGUGUGGAGCUUGUUGGCCUCGGGAACUUUAUCUGUGGGAUGAACAGCACUCAGAUUCAACAACUUAGUGACAUGGCAUUCAGGCAAGCAUUAAGGAAUAUUGGAACUGUAGUGUGCCCUUCUGCACUCAUGGAUGAGCUGAAGAAGAAAUGUGUCACUCUGUUAGGGCCAUUGAAAAACUGGACACAUGCAUUCUUUCAGGAGGCAGGAAAUGUCAUUGCUGGAGCAACAGCUGAUGAGCUGAAGGAGCUGCCCGUUGGCAUCAUGUCUUUUAUUACUAACUCGGCUAUUCCGCUGAUACCCCCUGACCGGUUCAAGGCUCUGACAACUAGCCAGCUCGAAGCCAUGAGCACAACAAAUAGUGCUAUGGUGACAACACAGCAGAUGAACAUGCUGACAGAGGAACAGAAACAGGCUCUUUCACGAGCUGCUGGGACUGCUUAUGAACUACCAAAAGUUGUGGUUACUCCCACAAAACCCGCUGAAACUGGAAAUGUCUCUCCUGUCAAAUCAGGUGCAGUGGAUAAAACUGGUCAAGGAUAUUUUCACAUGAUGGUUCUUCUCCAUUCCACCUUAAUACUGCUGGGACUGAUGAGUUAACUCCAGUGCUUACUGGCAUUUGGCCAGCUACAUCUAACCAAGAUACUGACUUUAUGCAAAAGUAGUUUUUUUCUACACAAGUGUACAAGUAGGGCUACUGCUGAUUAAAUAAUCGCUGACUGAUACAAGUAGGGCUACUGCUGAUUAAGUAAUCAAUGACCGCUGCUAAGAAAUUAAGGAAUCACUAGCAUAGUGAUGUAAUGUUUUCUCCUUUACACUUUCAGUCACAUAUUAAUGAAUGCUAAUGAAGAACUAAACAAACAUAAUCUACUGGCAUUAAAAUGAACUGUUUUCUGUCCUUGGAAUGAAGUACAAAUUAAUAUGAUAAGAAACAUUCUUCAGUGUGUGAACAAAAUGGACAUCCAUGUUUUAUUAGCCAGCUAUCCAUCAUGCUAGACAUAUUUCUAAUAUUGCCUGAUCCUACCACGUAAAGGAGAAUCGCCUUGUCCUCCUUGGUGACCACAUGUUACUGUCAAUUGAAUGUUCCCACCCAAUAAUACAAUGAUGAUAUUUACAGAGUGCAUGAAAAAGGAAACACCUGUAAAGUUGUUUGGCUGUGUCUUUUCCUUAUUUGCACUCAGAUCCCUUUUCAAGUCUUGACCAUCAUCUUACUCACUAGGACUUCCUCAGUGAAUGUACUGGCAGUACACAGCCUCAUUACUGCUUUAAAGUAAGCCAUCACUUUGGGCAUAAACUUUAUAAUGCAUAUUCAUUUCUUCCAUUCUCUGGAUAGAACUCAUGCCCGAAUGACAUUCCAAGUCUUUUGCAGGGAACUGUCCCACUUCCCAAUUCCAGGAUACAUAAAAAUGUAAAAACUGACAAUAUACUGUUAGAGAACAAGCCACUUCUACAAAGCAGGACUUUGCAGUACAAGAGGAAAUGUAUUUUUGUUCAUCUUAAUUUAAAAGUUAUAAUUCUAUAAUGCAGUACAUCGGAAUGAAUAUGCUGAAUUGUGCACCACAAUGUUUUGUAUUAGAUGUCUCAACCUUAUAAAGCAUGAAAGCAGAUUAAUUUUAGCUAUGAAUAUUGUGUAUACUGGCAAUUAAGUAACACUGGCUCCAUUCAAACUAAAAAAAAAACAUCAAACUGUUAUUUUUGUAUUUAUGCAAAUAACAUUAUUAGACACAUAUUUGGCUGUUUCAUUUUUUAAUUGCUUAACUUCUCUAAACUUUACCUAUGCUAUUUGCGGUUUUACCUAUUUCUUUCACUGCUAAAACAGAAAUUAAAACAGAUUGUAUGCACUAACUAUACAAACUUUGUCUUAUUAAUAUGAUUUUGUCGUAUUAAUAUUCUAUAUUGAAUUAAUUGUUCAACUGUAAUUAAUAUCAAACUGUUUUGAAAAGAUAAAUGAGCACCAUCACAAAACAUUAAUGAAUGUACUCAACCUCCUUAUUUUUAUAUGUACUCUAUUAAAAUAGUGUUUAUAAGUUUUGAGGCUGAUUUUCUUCUCUUUGCUGAUUAAUUGAAUACUAUUUUUUCAGAAGUCCUUGAGCUUUUCUCCCCCUGGCUCCUCUGUAAAUGAGCAGUGUA